GCUGCUUGCCCCGCCCACUCCUGGGCUGCACCGCCCACUCGGAGCUGCUCCACUCCGCGCAAUACUCUUUACAAACAUGGCGGCGCAGACAGAGCGAGGAAUACCUUUAAGCGCAGUUAGUCCACGUUAUCUUCAUACAAACUCUACAAGCCACACUGGGCCCUUCAGCGCUAUAGCAGAACUGAUCGACAAUGCUUAUGACCCAGAUGUCAGUGCAAAACAAUUCUGGAUUGAUAAAACAGUGGUCAAAGACCAGGACUGCCUCACCUUCAUGGACAAUGGAAAUGGCAUGGACUAUGACAAGAUGCACAAAAUGCUCAGUUUUGGCUUCAGUGAUAAGCAGACGAUAAGAGGCCAUGUCCCAGUGGGUCUUUAUGGUAACGGUUUUAAGUCGGGCUCCAUGCGUUUGGGGAAGGAUGCCAUUGUGUUCUCUAAGAAAGACGACACUAUGUGUGUGGGUCUCCUGUCACAGACUUACCUCGAGAAGAUAAAAGCAUCGAAUGUCAUAGUACCUAUUGUUGUGUUCACCAACACCGAAAAGACUGUCAGUGUUGCACAGGAGUAUGAGGAGUGUCUUUGCGAUAUCCUGACCUAUUCUCUGUUUAACAACAAGGAAGAACUGCUGUCUGAGUUCAGUGCCAUUAAUGGCCCAUAUGGCACCAUCUCCACUGGAACUCGCAUCAUCAUCUGGAACCUACGCAAAACGUCGUCAGAGAAAUUGGAAUUUGACUUUAUGAAGGAUCGCUAUGAUAUUCGGAUUCCUGUUGACAUUAAUGAGAGCACCAAAGAACCAAACAAGGAGCCAGAGCAUGGAACAUCAGCACCUGAGAGUGAUUAUUCACUGCGGGCAUACAGCAGUAUCUUGUACCUGAAGCCUAGAAUGCAGAUUAUUAUUCGAGGGCAGAAGGUGAAAACUGAGCUCGUCUCCAAAAGCCUAGCACACAUCUUCAAGGACACAUACAAACCCACAUUUCUUACAAGGGGAAUUAAAAUCAUCUUUGGCUACAACACAAAGAGCAAAGAGAACUAUGGAUUGAUGAUGUACCACAAAAACCGUCUCAUCAAAGCCUAUGAACGUGUCGCCUGUCAGCGCAAGGCCAACAACACAGGAGUGGGAGUUAUUGGGGUGAUAGAAUGUAACUACCUCACUCCAAUGCACAACAAGCAGGACUUUGAGAAUACAGAAGAGUACAGGAAAACCAUACAAAGUUUAAGUAACAAGCUUGAGGACUAUUGGAAGGAAGUCCGCCAUAGACGUCAGAAAAACCCGAAUUGCAGUGUACCUGUUGAAGAUGUUGCAAAGCGACCAGAUCAAAGCUGGGUGCAGUGUGACGAAUGUCUGAAGUGGCGAAAACUUCCUGAUGGCAUUGAUACUAAGUUGCUUCCUGAUAAGUGGUUCUGCCGCAUGAAUCCUGACCCACAGUUCAGGAGUUGUACAGUUGAAGAAGAGGCUGAAGAUUCGGAUGAUGAACAUCCCAGAUACCAGAAAACCUACAAACAGCAUGAGAGAAAUCAGAAGUUGCAGAAGGAGAAGAACAGACAGCAGAUGGAGCAGGAGCAGAAAGAGGCAGGGGAGGAGUUGAUCUUAGCUCUGGCCAAAGAAAACGCUGAUCUGUUAAAGCAACAGCAGGACCUUAUGCGCCAGCUCAAAUUUGGCAGCCCCGCCCGAAGAACACCUGGCUCCCCCCUCAAUUCCCAUCUCCACAGACGUGUAGGCUCUAGAGCUCCUGAUAACAUUCCAGUUAUCACUCAUGUUACCUCUCUCUGUACUAUUCCAACAAGGAAUAAGAGAGCCCUGGGCCCAUGCCGAGAAAACGGAGAGAUGAAGAGAGCCAGAAUAAGAGACAGUUUUGACAGCAACACACCAGGCAGUCCGUCAACAUCCACAGCCUCGCCUGAGGUCUGUUCCUCACCAAUCGUAGUCAGUACUGAUGGUGAUCAAGCAGCAUGGAAAGAUAAUGAAACAGCGCCAAAGGAUGAUGACGACGACGUUGUGAUCAUUGAGAGCGUCAGCUCACCUGGACCAAAGUCAGCAACAGGAACAUUUGACAUUACUAAGGUAAAGUCAGAGCGCAUGGUGAGUGAGGAGGAGUUAGGGAAAAAAAUGAACUGUGGUGACAGUGAUGCCAUUGUGUCCAUGGAGACAACAGUAGCAGCUUCGCCCUCUGUAUCCUCCAGUGAUGUCAACAUCGGAACCCAGACUGAACAAAACAUAGCUGUGAAACAGGAAAAGGGGGAUUCAGAAAUGAAGAAUAAGGAACAGUGGAGCAAAGAUGGAGAAAGUGAUAGCAAUAAUUUUGAAUCAGAAAAAGAUCUCCCUCCAGCGGAGAUAAAUAUUAACAAAGAACUGAAGUCAAUCAAUGAGGAAACAAGAGCCCAACAGAAGAGUGUACCAAACCUAGAUGAAGAAAACCAAGAAAUAAACAAGACUAAAAGUACAGUAAAGUCAGAAGAAGAGCUAAGCCAUAGGGACGUCUCAGAUGAAAUAAGCGCAGGAGGUCAGACUUCAGCAAAACUGGAAAACUCAGUUCUUGAUGUUGUGGAGGCCCAGCAGCAGCAGGAUACGCUGCUGGAACUCCUGGAGGUGGCGGCAAAGGAGCGAGACGAGAGCCGUGCUCAGCUGCUUGUCCUGAGCUCGCAAGUGGAGGAGCUGAGGAGCCAAUUGCUGGAGCUCAAACGAAGCACGCUGAAGAAGGAAUACAGCCACCAUAGCACACAGACCAGCUCAGAGGAGGCACAAGACUACGAAGUUCUGUACUUGCAGGGCAAAGAGGAGAUAAAGCAUCUCCAAGAUGAGCUGAGUAUGCUGAAGAUGGAGAAAGCAGAGGAGGCGAGAAAAGGUCAGGAAGCUUCAUUAGAGAGUGCUGAUGAGCUGGCUUGUCAGACUGACCUUCUGUUAAGGGAACUGGACCAGAGAAACAAGGAGCGAGAAGAGCUGAAGUAUAAGGUGGACAGUCUAGAAAAUAAGAAUUGCACUUUGUUGACCUACUGUGAGAGCCUGGAGAAAGAUUUAGAAGAGAUAAAGAGAGAAAGUGAAAAGGUCAUAAGUGCAGAAGAUCAAGGAGUCCAGACAGAUUUUCCUAUUUCCUCCCAUGAAGAAAGUGCAGCAGCUUCAGCAGAAGCCUCCAACUCAGGAAGAGGAAGAGACUUUGGUACACAGCAGCAUGAGACCCAGGACAGACCAGAGACUGGACAAGAAAACAAUAACCCGCAGACAUGCAGCCUCAGGUUAAGAGAACUCAGACAAAGAGUGGCACGUCUCCUGGUCACCCUUGUCCCUGUUCUGGACCUUCAACAAGUGAACUACGAUUGUGAAGUCAUCGAUGAGAUUCUCACUCAGGUUGUCGAUGAGAUCUCCCCUACAGAGGCAGCCUCGUCAUAGAAACAGUGGUGACCAGAAGAGUGCAAACUUUUAAAACACAUUAAUCAUUUCGUUGUUUAAUGCAUAACGAAAUAAAAGCACUAAUUCUUUUCACAUUUUUAAAUUUUUUUUGACAAGAUAUGAUAGUUUUAUUGCAUCGUAUCUGGAUAAGUAUACAGGACUGUAUUGCCACUUUGUGACUACUGCCUGAGGAAUGUUAGAAAUUGAUUUGGACCCAAGUUUACCAUGAAUAGCAUAUUUAGUUUUUCUUUUUUUGCUUUAAAAGUAUGCGCUAAAUAAAUUCUACAUAUAUUAAUAUAUCUAAUUGUCAGCAUUCCUAUAUGCUAGACUACAAUCAUGCAAAAUAUGCAAAAUAAAAUAAUUCUCUUGUUGUAAAUGUUUUCUAUAAAGAUUUUGUAAUGAUUCAUUUUUUGUGUUGCCUAUUUUUUUUCACUCUUUCUUCCUCUUGUUAUCCUGAUGUUCAAUUUUUGUAACCCUGUAUAUUUGUAAAUGAGGGCUUGGUACACAUUUCAGGUUUUAAAUAAACAAAAACAAACUGAGUGUUUUCA